CGCGGUAAGGAAUGCGAGGCGAGUGUAACGCGCUUGCGCCGGCAGCGGCUGCGGCGGCGGCGGCGGCUCCUCCCCGCGGGCCGGUAGCAGCGGCCGGGGCGCCACAGCCAGUGACACAAUCUAAUCAAAGGGAGGGUGAGAGGACAACAGAACAAAACCUAAAGGUAUGUACAAGUGUUGUGAUCAGCGUACUCCAGAAAAGAAGUAAUCCGAUACAGAAGAUCAAAACUUUUUAGAAAAACUGGAUGGCUUCUACAGUGAGUGUGAACUUGGAUAAAGACACGCUGUUGGUGGAUGGAAUACCACCUGCGAAAAAGCCCAGAAAACUGUUGCCAAGCCUUAAAACCAAAAAGCCCCGGGAACUUGUUCUGGUAAUUGGGACAGGGAUCAGUGCAGCAGUAGCUCCUCAAGUCCCAGCACUGAAAUCUUGGAAAGGGUUAAUCCAGGCCCUGCUGGAUGCUGCUAUUGACUUCGAUCUUCUUGAAGAGGACGAGAGCAGAAAGUUUCAGAAAUGUCUCCAAGAAGAUAAGAACCUUGUUCACGUUGCCCAUGACCUUAUCCAGAAACUAUCUCCGCGCACUAGCAAUGUCCGCUCCACGUUUUUCAAAGACUGUUUAUACGAGGUGUUUGAUGACCUGGAGUCUAAAAUGGAAGAUUCUGGGAAACAGCUGCUUCAGUCUGUGCUUCGCUUAAUGGAAAAUGGAGCACUCGUAUUAACCACAAACUUUGAUAACCUGCUGGAACUGUAUGCAGCAGACCAAGGGAAACAGCUUGAAUCUCUCGACCUUACUGAUGAAAAAAAGGUGCUGGAGUGGGCGCAAGAAAAAAGGAAGCUCAGUGUCUUGCAUAUCCAUGGAGUUUACACAAACCCCUGUGGAAUAGUGCUUCAUCCAGCUGGGUAUCAGAAUGUGCUGCGCAAUACAGAGGUUAUGCGGGAGAUCCAGAAGCUGUAUGAAAACAAAUCAUUCUUGUUCCUGGGCUGUGGCUGGACUGUUGAUGACACCACGUUUCAGGCCCUUUUCCUAGAAGCUGUGAAGCACAAGUCAGACCUGGAACACUUCAUGCUGGUGCGGAGGGGAGAUGUGGAUGAGUUUAAGAAGCUCCGUGAAAACAUGCUGGAUAAAGGGAUUAAAGUCAUUUCAUAUGGAAACGAAUACGCAGAUUUACCUGACUACUUUGAGAGGCUGACAAGUGAGAUCUCCACACGGGAUCGAACAGGUCUGCCCACUGAAGGACAGCUAAAUGGCUCUUCUACAGCCCAGACUGAACUAAAAGGGCAGCGCUCUGGUAGCACAUGUCCAGAGGGGGGUAUCCCUCUCCCAGAGGUGCUAAGGGUAGCUGCUGCUUGUGCAUGGAGGAACAAAUAGUGGCAGCUUUAUGUGCCAGCAGUGCUGGAUCUGAAAACACUACUUCACAACCAUCCAUCCACGUUCCUCACCUGGCUGACUGUGGAGGGAUGGAAUCGAAAGCAGCUUUCACUGAAGGUUGGCCAGGGCCACAGAUUAGGUGCAAGCAGCAUUUAAACUGCUUUUUGGUCACAAAUUAACACUUACACAGAAGGGAGCGUACGCUACUCUUCCUCUUCCAGGGGCUACAGCUGAUCACUGCUACUGGGUGCAGCACCUGAGCAUCUACCCCUGCAGCUCAACUGAUCGUGCUACUGGUUAAUCUGAGUUAAAGACCCUGGCACCUACGGCAGAGAUCUGUGAACCUCAGUCAGUUUACAGGGAAAAUGAAGACUCACCUUUUCAGUGCCCGGUUCUGAAGCAACUGGGAUUCAGCGGGGAUCAUGCCAUUCUAAAACCAGCUAGAAAUUAAGGCUUCAGAGUCCCAGUUGGAAGGUCCUGGCUGUUGAAGACUGCUUGUAGUUUACACAGCGGCUGUGAUAUCCUCCUGUCUCUCAAGGUUGCAGCGUCUGCAAGGAGAGUUUCUCUCCAUCUGAACAGCAGCGGCCUCGGCAGUUUCAUACCUUGUACUUUUGUAUUCUGUACAUUUCAAUGAAAUGAAACUUGAGCCGUUUUUAUUACUUGAAGCUCUAGUUUUCUAGUCCUUUCUUUAUACUGUACAGUAUUUUGUAUGUUGAAGGUGUAUUAAAAGCCUGCUUCGCACUUA